AUGAAACGCUUGUUUCUACGUAAGGUCACCAUAAAUACGUUAGGUGACGCCAGCAACGCCAGCAUCGGCUCCGGCGAGGGCACCGGCGAGGAGGACGACGACACCAACGGCAAGAAGAACCAGAAGAAGCGCGGCAUCUUCCCCAAGGUGGCCACGAACAUCCUGCGCGCCUGGCUCUUCCAGCACUUAACGAAUGGGUGUCGCGACCAGUCGAUAACGGGCAUUCGGCUGUCCAUGACGCUGAAACGGCGCAGUUCAGGACAAUUGCAGCGGCACGUUGCCUCGCCGUCGGAUUUCCAAUUAAAAAUUCCCAACAGAGUGAUAAACACUCCACUGCGCUGCGAAGACCCUUACAGAGACGCUACCAUCGCCGUGGCGACCGAAUUAAGGUCCGGUGCCAUCCCUUGCCGGUAUCGUCAAUGGCUUCGCGCGGGGGGCGUGCGGGGGGCGUGCGGGCGGCGGCGGAGGGGGGAGGGCGCAAUUUCAUUACCGGUCCGGAUCCGUGGCCAUAAAUCACCAGGGCCGAAGGAGCCCCCGCUCUCGGCGUUCGGUUCAGGUGACGCGGGGUCCCUGAGCGCUUCUCGCAGCCCUUACGCUAAUUCUGCCACGGACGCGUUUCAAUUGCUCCAUCGGAGCGGACUCUCCGGCCGUGAUACGACU